GCGCCACCGUCUUUGAGAUGGUGCCCGUCGGCGUUCGGUGCACGUGCAGCGCCGUGGCGCACUCGUCCCUCGUCGAGCCCUCCGCGGGGCCGUGCAGCCUGCUAUUCGGCGGCGGUGCUGCGUGGGCCCCUUCGGGGGAUGUCUGCCCUUGCGCUGGAGCGGACGCCGCCGCUGCCGUGGGCGAGGGCAGCCUCGCGAAGCCCGUGGCGCAGGAGCAGUGCUUCGCGGAGGCGGAGGCGGUGCUGGCCCGCUACCGCGGAGUGCGGUCCUGGUCGGGUAGGGAGAUGUCGG